GUGGAGGAGAGGAGGUUAGGUUGAGGCCGUGGGCCGUGGCUGCCCACCCACCUGAAAACUACCCAACCCACCCGCCCACCACUUCUUCUCACGCGUCCCGCCGCGGCGCCACACGCUGCACCGGUCUCACGCCCCCCACGACGCCGUGGGGCCCUGUCGGUGGACCAGGCCCACGGUUGGCUCUUCCUCGCUUCCUCCUCCAUUCCUCUCCCUCUCUCUCUCGUCGGUGGGACCGUGGGAUACGCUGACGGACGGACGGGCUGAGGCAAGGCCGCCUGCGGGCGGGAGGAAGAAAAGCGAAGCUGCUGCGCCCUCCCCUCCCCCAUCUCCGCCCCCCGCCUCACCCACCAGACGAGAGAGCGAGCGCAGUUCGGCCGCCGGUCGCGUCCGACUCCAGCAAAGCCGAGCGCCCACCCCCUCACCCUAUUACCUUCCUCUCGGGUCCAAUUCGGUGCCUGGCUGACUCCGCACGUCUUCCCCCCUUUUCCCUCCCUCGACCGACGACCGUCCGUCCACCACCGGAUCCAGGAGCGACCCUCCCUCGUGCUCGUCGACGAUCGACCGGCCGCCGAUCGUCCAGGAAGGAUGUCGAGCCUCGAGGAGCCGCUGGGUCUCGGAGACCUGCCUAAGUUGAGUAUUAACAGACUCGGGCGGUUCGUGUCGCUGGGCGCUCGGAGGCCACCGGCCGACGACGACGACCACAGCACUGGCAAAUACAGCAGCAGCUCCUGCAACAAUGGCAGCCAUCAGAUGGCCUUCCAUCAUGGCAGCAACUCCUCCUAUCCCUGGCACCCGCAGUGCCGCCAGGCCGCCGAUCCAUCACGCGAUGCAGUGGAGCUUAGAGAUCUCCCUCGCAAGGUCAUGUGGGAGCUGCCGAGGUUCGUGAAGAUAGUGGAGGUGGGGCCUCGGGACGGCCUGCAGAACGAGAAGGGCAACGUCCCGGCGUCCGUGAAGAUCCAGCUGAUACACAAGCUGGUCGGCGCGGGCCUGUCGGUUGUCGAGGCCACCAGCUUCGUCUCCCCAAAGUGGGUGCCGCAGCUAGCCGACGCAGAGGAGGUGCUGAAGGGUAUAAAGCAGGAGCCAGGCGUGCGGUACCCGGUGCUAACACCUAACCUCAGAGGGUUCGAGGCUGCCAUCGCAGCCGGCGCGAAGGAAAUCGCGGUCUUCGCGUCCGCGUCUGAAUCCUUCUCCAGGUCCAACAUCAACUGCACCAUCGAGGAGAGCCUUGCUCGGUACCGCGGCGUCACAGCGGCUGCCAAGAAACACGGGCUAAGCAUCCGGGGGUACGUGUCAUGUGUGAUUGCUUGCCCCGUUGGAGGCGCAACCGAUCCGGCGAAGGUGGCGUACGUAGCUAAGGAGCUGUAUACCAUGGGCUGCUCGGAGAUCUCGCUCGGCGACACGACUGGUGUCGGGACACCAGGUAGCGUGGUUGCUAUGCUUCAAGCUGUCAUGUCGUUUGUCCCGGUGGACAAGAUUGCCGUUCAUUUCCACGAUACGUACGGGCAGGCCCUUGCCAACAUCCUCGUCUCCCUUCAAGUAAGCAAAGCAACGAUGGGGAUCAACAUAGUGGACUCGUCGGUGUCGGGCCUUGGAGGCUGCCCGUAUGCCAAGGGCGCCACUGGCAACGUCGCCACGGAGGAUGUCGUGUACAUGCUCCAUGGCCUGGGGAUCGAGACCAACGUCGACCUCAACAAGCUCAUGGAGGCUGGUGACUACAUCUCCAAGCAUCUGGGCAGGCCGCUGGGUUCCAAGACCGCCACUGCUCUCCGCAAGCUGACCGCCUGAAAAAACCUUUUCAAGCACUCCCAAGAGAAAUGUAUCGGUUCGAGGUCCCAUCUCUCAGUCAUAUGAAUGUCCUGUAGUUUUACUUUAUGCUUUUUUUCCGCUCAGACAUUGCCUACUCUGAGCAUUUUAUUCACACACUUUGUACCCGCCGUUGGAUGAUUCUGAAUAAUCUUGGUGUUCCUGGACGCGAGUUAUGUUUGCGGAAACGAGUGUACGGACAAAUGUAUCAGAAUAUCUCGGUUAACGAUCUAAACAACAAAUGCUGCUGCAACAGUUUCUUGCU